AUGCCCGCCGGCAAACCACAGCCACACCUCGCGCAGUCCGCGCCGGCAACCGCAGCGCAAGAAGAGCAGCAGAGACAGAAGUUCUUCCACCUACCCCGGGCAGCCAUCCCGCGCGUCGCCCUCGCCACCGCCGUCCUCAUCUGCCUCGCCGCCCUCGCCGGCUUCGCUCUCAAGGCCGUCGGCCUGCAGGCCUGGCGCGACAGCCGCGCCAGGGGCUUCUACGCGAGCCUCGCGGACGGCGACCUGCACAAGGUCGUCGUGGACGGGCGGGUCCGCGGCUGGCUGUACUUCCACGGCGCGGACCUGCACGGCACCAAGAAGGACAAGAACAACUGGGACACGCUGUACUGGCUCGCGCUGGCGCUGGGACUGCUGACGGGCCUGUCGAUGGCGUGGGGGGUGCUGAGGCGGAGCGGGCGGGAGGAGAUGGGCGUCAAGAUCUACUACAUCAUCCCCCUGGCCGUCUUCAUCUUCCUCUCCGUCGUCCACGCCAAGUCGGCCCGCUUCGACCCGACCUUCGAGGCGUCGCGGCCCUACCAGGGCAACGUCACCGACGUGAUGCCCGCCAGGGGCGGCUACUGCGCCGACGGCGGCGGCUGCUGGGGCACCUACGACGGCGGCGUGUUCGACCUCGAGACGUGGGCGUGCGACCUGCACCGCUGGCGGGCCGUGGUGGACGACCCGCGCAAUUACAUGGGGAGGGUGUGCGCCGGGGAGGCCGGCUCGCGGUGGCUGAUCCUCGUGGUCGUGGUGUUGUCGGUGAGCAUGGUUGUGAUGAACGAUUUGGAGAGGAGGAGGGUGCUUCGGGAGACGCAGGCGCGCAGGGAGAGGGCGGAGGUGUAG